AUGGCCUCAUGUUUGCUGCUUUCUGCCCGCCUCCCCGCCGGUUCCCUACAGCGUAGUCCUCUCGGGAGAAUUAUUUUAAGAAAAUGCACUACGAAUGUGCGGAGAGGAAUGCGAUCUGCUCCCCGAUCGAAGUACACUGACUUGAUUCAGGUGUCGAAUGAGGAUGCGGUGACGACAUCAACUGCCAGGAUUAAAGCCGUUUCUGCUGCCCGAGCACUGGAUGGGAUUUCUACCGAUGACCUUGUUUUCUUCAGGCUAAGCACAAUUGUUGAUGGAGUGCGUCACAAACUGUCGGAAGUUCCUCCCACGGAGCCGAUGACGGAAACAAUUGCCCAUAGAAUCCGAGACUUGGUGGCUCCUUUAUCGCAUUAUCGAGCAGCUCUGAUGGAAAUCGUGGAUGAGUCGGAAAGCAUUACUCAACAUUCGUACGGGGCAUUGAACGAAUAUGUUUACAUUCUCGGGAAAGUUGUUGAUCCUUGGAUGCUGAAGUUCAAGGAGAAAAAUGCCGCCUUAACGGAAAAAGGGAAACUGAGGAUGCUUCGAAGUAACUUGGAAACUUUAGCGUUGAAGCUGAGAAGUGCGCGUGUUGAAGAGUGGCCGGAAGCUGACACUAGUUACAUUCGCACCAGACUGGAGAAAGCUCUGAAUGCAGCCGAAGAAAGAGAAAAUCGCAUAAAACCAGUGAAAACAACAGCAAAGCAGAGAGCAGAAUUGGCUCGCAUAGCUGCUGCGGAAAUGGAAGAUGCCAGUCGGCAUGCCAGCUUUGUCAUGAGUUUGAGGGCCCAUUUGGAACUUCUGAUUCAUCUUGGACGUCCUCACGACGCCGUUGAAACGUUUCAUCAAUACCUGAGAGUAUCAGCUGCUGAUGAUUCGCACCCGAGAGUCGCACACGUUGAUCUUUUCAAUCUUGUUCUGAGGAUCGAUGCCCAGAAGGGUGACUUGACCUCAGUGAAGCAGUUGUUCUGUUUGAUGGAAGAAUUUAAAACGGACCCAAACGCUCCUUCAUUUGCUGCUGUACUCGAAUGCGUGGGAGUGGCAAAAUCGAAAUCCACCUUCAACUAUGAUCAGGCUAAGACUAUUGUUAGCCAAGUUCUGAAAGGCAUGAAAGAACGCCAGUGCUCAGACUCUGACGUGAUCUAUAAGUCUCAUAGUACGCUAGAACAGAAGAAAUUGAUAGCGGAAGGUAUUCGCAUUGCGAAUCCGCUGUACGAGAUCCCUGAACGUCGACCACGGUACGGAUAUAUGCCGAAUCCUUUGCUGAAUGGGUUAUGCAAAGAACACAAGUAUGCCGGACCCAACUUCGGGGUUCUUGACAGUGCGCAAAUGAAAGAAUUCUCCCGUGAACAGUUCGAAACAGAGAUGCGCGGUCAUGUGGACAUAGUUCCCAUUGUGCGGUUGUCCAACGCCCACCAUCCGAAGGAAGGAGACGAAAAGUUGAUCAAAAUUGCUGAGGAGAAACUUGUGGAAGCUGAAAAUAAAUGGGAAGAGACUUUGAGAGAGGUAUUUCGGAAGGAAAUGGAGGCUCUUGAGCUCCAAGUUCUAGCUUCUCGUCGACAAAGAUGCAUUACAAUUCUUCCCUAUCUUCAAUGUCUUGAGCAAGAUGAGUUUGUCGAUCUCAUGAUGCAAGAAAUCAGGCGUUUAAGCGAAGGUUCAGAAACUUAUACGCCUUCUACUCGGAUGAUGAACAAGCAACUCGGCCAGUUCGUCAUGAACAAGUAUAUGUUGAAACGCCGCUCCAACUCGGGUGUGAUAGGCAAAUUGGAAGAAUUGUAUGGAAAAUUCGCUGAUAAUUGCAUUGAUGAAACGGGGGUGGAUAUUCCUCGAGUCGCUUGGCAGAAGAUUGUUGCUGCGAAUCAAAGCGGGCCGAACGUGGAUAAAAUCUUACAUUCUUGGCCUUCGAAUGUUUUGAUCACAGUGGGAAAGUUCCUCAAUCAGAUCAUUCUUAAUAAUAUCAAGAUCGAUGCAAGGAUGUUCAACACCACGAAUAAGAACCAAAAACCGUUGUUACUGCCGGCGUUCUUCAAGUUGUACAGGUCGCAGGGUGUAAUGAUGCGAGAAGAGCUGAAGGUUCAUCCCGUAGCUGCUAAAUUGUAUCGCCUUGGAUCCCAUCACCCACUGAGAUUCGAUGCUGAAGUGGUUCCUAUGGUUUCACCACCUCUGCCUUGGGUUUCCAAUCGCUUCGGAGGCUAUCUAACGUCUACUGCGAAGAUUAUGCGUCUUCCCCCUGGAGCUCAUCAACAGUUUGCUGAACUGAACCGAGUACCUGCGCAACAACUAUACCCGACGUAUGACAGUUUAAACCAGCUGUCGGCAAAUCCAUGGAUAGUCAAUGAACCUGUUUUAGAUCUUGCGAUCGAUAUUUUUGUUUGCGGUGGCGACGAUCAUUUGGAAAUUCCUAAACCACCUUUAGCGUGUCCUGCUCCUCCUGUGAUAACCUCAGACAUGACGAAGAAGGAAAAAUUCAAGGCACAUGUCGAUAAAAUUCAUCUCAAGCGACUGAAAGGGGAAAUGUAUUCCUUGUGGUGUGAUGCGCUCUACAAGCUUUCGAUUGCCAACCAUUUUCGGAAAAGGAUACUUUGGUUUCCGCACAAUAUUGACUUUCGCGGCCGAGCAUAUCCUUGUCCGCCGCAUUUCAAUCACCUGGGUGCAGAUUUGACAAGAGCGUUGCUGUUAUUCGCCAAAGGGCAGCCGCUUGGUUUGAAAGGAUUCGACUGGCUCAAGAUCCAUCUCGUGAAUCUGACAGGCCAUAAAAAGCGAGAUCCCAUCUCUGGGCGACUGAAUUAUGCGAAUGACAUGAUGGGUGACAUCAUGGAUUCUGCAGAACGACCCCUCACGGGAAAAGGGUGGUGGAAGGAUUCCGAUGAACCGUGGCAAACCUUGGCUGCUUGCAAAGAAGUAGCCGCCGCGAUUCGUUGUGAAGCUGGACCGGAGAAUCACGUUUCGCAUUUCCCAAUCCAUCAAGACGGGUCUUGCAACGGACUGCAGCAUUACGCAGCUCUUGGACGCGAUCCUCAAGGAGCCUUUUCAGUUAACCUUGGGGCUGCCGAAAGGCCACAAGAUGUGUACUCUGACGUCGCCGCCAUGGUUGAAAGGGAACGUGUGAGAGACGCCGCGAAAGGCGUGAAAAUAGCCGCGGCUCUUGAGGGGAUGAUCAAAAGAAAAGUAAUCAAACAAACCGUCAUGACGACAGUGUAUGGAGUCACUCGUUAUGGGGCUCGACUGCAAAUUGCAAAACAGUUGAAAGAUCUGGAUGACUUUCCUCAAGACAUGUGCUUUGCAGCUUCUCAGUAUUUGACGCAAAAGACUUUUUUGUGUCUGCAAGAGAUGUUCACCGGCACGAAACUAAUACAAGACUGGUUCACGGAAUGUGCCCGGCUCAUCUCUGGUGUUUGUGGGCAACCCGUGGAAUGGAUUUCUCCUCUUGGGCUUCCCGUCAUACAGCCGUAUCACAGGGGUGGGAAGAAAAACUUCGGAAGCUCAGUGGAUGCUACGGGGCUGCGCAUCAACACUCGAAAUUUGGUGGAUUCUUUCGAGCGCCCGAACACGAUGAAGCAGAAGAACGCGUUUCCACCAAAUUUUAUUCAUUCAUUGGACUCGACGCACAUGAUGUUGACUUCCUUGUAUUGUCAACAAGCAGGGAUAUCCUUUGUAUCAGUUCAUGACUGCUAUUGGACCCAUCCGUGCACAGUUGAUGUGAUGAAUGAGAUCUGCAGAGAUCAAUUUGUGGCUCUUCACUCCCAACCGAUCCUGGAGGAUCUGAGGGAUUUCAUGGUCUCCAAAUAUUCCUUCCCUCACCAAGAUCUGGAUGACGGUGGGACAGUUCAGGGCAUUGCGAAGCGGAAAUUGAACCGAACCUUGACAGAAGUGCCCGAGAAGGGGUCGUUUGAUUUGCAGCAAGUCAAACACUCGACCUAUUUCUUCAGCUAA